AUGGCAAUGUAUACCGAAAUUCCACACUCCUUGGUAUUGAAAACAAAUUCUAAUGGUCUCAACGAAUAUGUCGAACAAAUUUUCUCGCAAUCAGCUAACAUCAAACAUUUGGAAGAAGAUAAAGAGGAACUAAACUCGAAUGAUCUGAAUGAAUACGUGGAACAAAUUUUAUCGCAAACUAACACGCAACAUUCAGAUAAAGAGGAACUGAAUUCCAACGAUCUUAAUGAGUUCGUUGAGCAAAUUCUAUCCCAAGCGGUAAACAUUACACCAUCGGAAAAAGAAAAUCAGUUGACACCCUCCAAAAAAUUUUACGAAGCUAGUACCACCACGAAAAGAUAUCUGGACUACAGAAAAAAAGUUAACUCCAAUUUAAUAGACUUGAGCAAUAAUAUGUCGACUAUGAUUCGGGACAGUUUCGAGUCCAUUGAUAAUAUAUGCGAAAAAGUUAGAGAAUACAUUACUGAAAUGGAUAAUAGUAGUAAAAAUAACGAUAUGGCUAUGAAGACCUCCAAAAGUUGUUGCCUCAUUUUUGAAGAAAUUAAUUCAAAUUUUGACCAAAUUAUAAAUGAAGAUCCCAACGAACAAGAAAUACGCGUCGAAAAUUACGAAGAAAAGGAAGAAACUAUUGACGAAAAAGGUGUACUACAAGAGAGCAAAUAUACUCAAAAAACCGUUGAAGAAGAAAAUGAAGAAAGUAAUCAUAAUGAAGAUUUGACUCAAGUAAGAAAAGAUGCGAUUAACAUAGAUGAAGUUAUCAAGGAAAACAAAUAUACUCAAAAAACUAUUGAAGAAGAAAAUAAUGAGAAUGAAGAAAGUAAUGAUAUAGAUUUGACUCAAGUAACAAAGAAUGCGAAUGAUGAAGUUACCCAGGAAAGCAAAUAUUCUCAAAAAACUGAAAAUGAUGAAGAUUUGAUACAAGUAAGUGAGGCCAAAGAAGAUGUUAAAGAAGAAAAUAAUGAUGAUAUCGAAUUGGAGCAAAAUACAAAUGAUACUGAAGAAACAAAAAAAGAAACAGCUGAAACAACGAACGAAGAUAAUCAAAACAGCAACGAAUUAAAGAAGAAGUGGCUGGAAAAGCAAAAAAACUUUAUGGGGGUAUUCAGAUCUUCCAUAAAAAACGUGGAAAAUUUCGUAACCGACAUGAACAAACACGUGAAUAACAUUAACUGGAGAAUAGAGACUUUGAAAGACAGUGAUUUGUGGUUAACAACUAGGAAAACGGACGACAAACCCUUAAAAACCGAACAAAAAGAAUUAAAACCCGAAGAAUCAUACGUGGGCAACAAAAAAAUAUUGAAACGAAAAAAACAAAAGAAAAAAGCGCUUGAAAAUGUCAAAAACGAUACCUAUAAAAGUCUCAUGAAGAUUGGGGAAAUAUCGCAAACUUUAAUAGAAAAAAUUGAAGAUUUGGCCACUGCCAACAACGUUGAAUCAAAGGCCAAAAUAAUUAAAGUCAAGUCGAAAAAUAGUCUAAAUAUGGAAAAAAAUCCCGAUAUUGUUCCUGAUGUAUCGCAUUCUAGAGCCAUACCAAAUUUACAUGAGAAGCUCACAAUACAGCUAGAAGCUAAUGACAGUUUCUUGUGUUUCAAACGUUUAAUGGAAAGCACAGAGCAAAGAUUGAAAAGAGAACGACAAAUGGAGGUGGAUAAAAAAUUGAACAAAAAAAAACACUCCAAACAAGGUAACGGAGACGUCAGAAAAAUGUUCAACAACAGCUUGUGGUUUAGCAAAAAAGGUUUCAAAAAACGACCGAUAAACAUCGAAGAGGAAAAACCAAAGCAAAGUGUGGGUAACACCCUGAAUGUGGGUAAGACCCAAAAUGUGGUUAAGCCCAAGCAAAAUAAAAAGCCUACGGUGCACGAAAAUAAGGACAAACUUGCCAGUGAAGCAACCAGCAAGUUUAAAUGGAAACCACAGGUGUUUAAUGACGUUCCAGCCAAGGAAAACUUUAAAACAAAAGUACAAUGGGUCCAUGCCAAUAUAAGAAGCGCAUACAGACCAAAACCAAAGUAUUACGAUGUUCUGGACGUUUUAAAACCGUCAGAUUUACAACCUUUAAAAUCCGAGUACCCUAGAAAAGACCACAUUUUAUCGCCUGAAGCAAGCAACAUGUUUUUAAACAAUCUCACGAAUGAAAGGAAGUACCAACCCAUGUUGAAUAAUUUGUUGAAGCCUGUAACGCAUAUCAACGCGAACGAAAACAAAGAAAAUCAAACCAGUAAAACGAAAACCAGGACCAAACAAAGCAGACUAAGAAUUUCGACGAUGUCUAAGAAGAGCGUAGCAAGAAAAUUAUCUACGUAUAUAUUCCCAUCAAAUCAAAAUCUCGUGACUCAAUCUCUCGUUGUUAUGCCGGUUACUGUGGUUUAUACGAACCCGCCACAAGUUGAAGUUAAAAAAAACAUUCUCAACAGCUUUGAAUCGAUUGAUAAUAUAUGCAAAAAAGUUAGAGAAUACUCUAGUGAAAUCGACAAUAGUGCUAAAAAUAAUAAAGAUCCGAUUCUUGAGGCAUCAAAAAGUCUUGAUUUUGAUGAAAUUAAAAACGACGAAAAUUUCGAUAAAAAACUUGAAGAAGAAAGUAAUAAAGAUUUGAUUCAAGAAAGCAAAUAUUCUCAAGAAACUGUCAAAGAAGAAAAGAAUGAAAAUGAUAAAGAUUUAAUGCAAGUAAUUGACGUCGAAGAAAAAGAAAUUCGUGUCGAAAAUUACGAUAAAGAUAUAAUACAAGAACAGAAUGUAGAAAAAAACAAUCGCGAAGCAUUCGAAAAUUUAAAUACUAUUUCGAAUGAUAAUGAAGAUGCAGAAAACAAAAAAGAAUAUGGUGAAAUAACAAACGAAGAAAAGAAACUAUGGCUGGAAAAACAAAAAAACUUUAUGGGGGUAUUCAGUUCUUUCAUUAAAAAUUUGGAAAACGUUGCUUCUGAUAUAAGUAAACACGUCAAUAAUAUUAACUGGAAAAUAGAUACUUUGAAUGAUAACGAUUUGGAUUUGUCAAGUCAAACAACCAAAGUGAAGUCAGAAGAAAAUCUUGUAAUGGAAUUAUAUCCUAAAAUUGUACCGAAUGUGUUUCGAUCUAAAGCCAUAGUAAACUUACAUGAGAAACUUAUGUUACAGAUUGAAGGUAGCGAUAGUUUAUUGUGCUUUAAAAAGUUGAUGGAAAGUACCGAAAAGAGAUUGAAAAAAGAACAACUCGAGUUAGAGCAACAAAAACAGAAACAAGCGGAAGAAAAGAAACCUUGGAGGGUUAGCAAAACUCGUAGAGAAAAUUACAACCCAAAGCCGAAACAGGGUGUUAAAAAAGGUUUAAAGAAAAGACCUGGCGUAAAAAAAUCGAAUCAGAACGUGGGCAAAACGAAACAACAAAAUAAAAAGGGUGUGCCAAAUAAAAAUAUUGAAAAACACAUCAAUGAGGAAACUAACAAGUUUAAAUGGAAGCCACAGGUGUUUAAUGAUGUACCAGCUAAAAAAAACUUUGCAACUAAAGCCCAAUGGGCACUGGCCAACAUAAAACGAGCGUACAGGCCGAAACCAAAGUGUUGUGAUGUUCUGGAUAAAUUAAAACCAUCAGAUUUGAGACCGUUACGAUCGGAAUACCAGAAACACCGAAAAUAUAAAGUUUUGUUGCCACAAGUAGACUUUACAUUCUUAAACAACCUAACAAAGGAAAAGAAGUGGCAGCCUAUGUUUAAUAUUUUGCUGAAGCCUGUAGCACAAACUAUCGCGACGAACAAUAAGGAAAUUAAAACUAAAAAGACGACCAAAUUAGCGCCAAAACAAAACAAACAGGCAGUUUCGAGCAUGUCUAAAAAGAGUGUGGUUAGAAAACUGUCGCCGUAUAUUUUCCCGCCGAAUCAAAAUCAUAGGACGCAGUCUCUCAUUGUAAUGCCUGUCAACGUGUUUUAUACCAACCCGCCAAAGGUGGAAAUAAAAAAAUUAUCCAAUGAGGAAGUACAUGCUACGAAAUCCAUGGCAAAACAAAAGAUUGCUCCAAAGACCAUAUACUCUAAAUGUUCCCCCACAAAAAACUCACCCGCUAUUUCACAAAGGAGUCAAAAGUCGACUCCCAAAAAAAAUAACACCGAUGCCACAGCUGAAGAAUUAUUAGCAAUGGUUAGAAAGUUCUGUAGGCCAAAAAUAGACGUAAAACCCCCAACUCAGAAAAACGCUUCAGUACUCUUUACAGACCUUAACUACAAGAAACUACCGCCUUUGAAUAAAUUAAAGCUGACUCGUAAUGUGAAAAAAACCGAAGACAAAAAGGUUAAAAUGCAAGCUAAUAAACCGUACGUUAUCAAGGAAAGUCAGAGCCAACUGAAUAGAAAGGAAAUCCUGGCCAAUAAAAAAAUAAUCGUGUCAAAACUGGACAGGGAAAAAUCGAAAGGAGAUUCCAUAGAUGCCAUGGCAUCUAAAGAACUAACCAACAGAAGGAGAGAGUUUCUGGAGAGACUGAAAUCUUUAAAGAUGAAAAACAAUAACAUAAGGGAUAACAUUCAGAAGGCUGUGCAUGUUAUAGAAAGCAAAAUGGUGGAUGUGUUAUCCAAGGAUAAUAACGAAAAUUUGGAUGCUUUUGAUGCUAUGGAAAAGGAGAUAACCAACGUUUUGAGUAUGAUGAAAAGUGGAGUCUCCAUAUCGGAAAACAACGGAAAAAAAUCGUCAAACACGAGCACAGACACAAACAGUUUAACCGACGAGUUGUACAAAAAAUUGCAGAACAUUAUUGAUUCUACGACGAAUGUAAAUCAAACGCAAAACACCUUAAAGGAAAAUGGUGAUACGAAACCCAAAACUCCAAAGAAAGUGCGCAAUAUUUCGUCAACAUCAGCAUCAGAAGGCGAUAUGACGCCAAAAAAGAGCAAAAAAAAACAGUUAAAGCAAAUCUCGCAAUCCAUAGAGAAAGCGCACAGUCAUAUUGAAAAAAUAUGCGAGGAGGAAUUUAGUGUUAUAGCGCCGACUUAUAAGCAAAGGGUGAUUAAAAAAAUGCCCUUGGAGGGAAAAAAUCAAAAGGUCGUCAUAUUUAGAGUACAAGAUAAGGGAGACAGCGAUGAUAAUGACGAUAAAGAAACUCCAAGGAAAAAACUAAAAAGGCGACGUAAACCCGACAAAAAUCAUGACGAAAACCCACAAAAAGAAACGGUUGAUCUACUUGAAAACACUGAACAAUCUCUGAAAGAUAUUUUUGAAGACGCUAGAGGCGUUGAAGAAGCUAUUGAAGAAACAAAACCCGAAGAAGAAAUUAAGGUUACAGACCAAUUAAAAUCUUCCUCAGUUGAAGAUCAUUUGGAGAAAAUCAAAGACAACAUCCUCAACGAAAAAAUUAGCAGGGGUUCCAUAAAAGAUAACCAAGAUGAUGUUCUAACGAAAGAAGAUCAAAACAUACCCAUCCCAGCCGAUUUCAAUACAAGCACUGAUUCUCAACCCAAAUCAACAGAAUCAGAAAACGAUUUUACCGACGAAACUAAAUCUUCUGGAUUGCCGAAAAGAGACAUGAAAUUCAUAGAGAACAUGAUAGAUUUACUUCAAGAAGUAGACAAUAACGAACCUUCCGCUACAAGCAGUCAAAUUUUGAAAGAAGAAGAGACAAACGAAAAAGACGAGUUUGUUGAAACUGUACAGGAAAUGUUCAAAAAAAUGGAACUGGUCUACAAAAAAUUAGAAGAAAAUGAGGUAGACUUAACAACUACAACGCUAUGUCUAUGGGAUGUCACAUUGACGUUUUUUUUUUAGGAGAAAGAGAAAAUGUUGAACACUGAUUCUGAUGAAAAAAUUCUAACACCGACUCAGGAUCAGGAAAACAAAUACAGAAUAAAUGCUGAGGAAAGUUGCAACUCCACAGAUAAAUCUCUAAGCGAAAUAAUCAAUUUCAUAGAGAAUAUAAAUGAUAUUGUUGAGGAGGGACCUGAAGAAGUAUACACAGCACAACAAGUUUAUUUUACUCAAGUAUACUACAGACCUAAAUUGUUUCAAUACGCCUUUAUAAAGAAUUUAGCCGAAUAUUCUUUUACCAACUACAUAGCACCUCUAUGCAAGCCGAUUGUCGACUAUUUCGAUACGAAAAAAAUUAUAGAUUUGGAUGAAGAACUGUUAAACAAAUUGGUGUUUCCGAAAAUAGAUGAAAAGGUGGCAUGCGCGAGCAACAUUAACGCCAUCUGUGAGCCGAAAAUUGCAACACAGAAGCCAGAAUUUGAGACUUUUCUUGAAGAUCUUAUACAGAACGAUUGCAUAGACGAAAUUUUCGACUCAAGAGCUGUAAAGUUAGAGGUUUUGAGAGAGAAAUUAAAACUGAAGAAGGAUAAGGAAAACUUGGACGAUUUUCAUUCGAAACUUCUGCAAAGUUUUUACGCGCUUUUUUACAUUUUCAUGUUUGCUGCCAUGACUUUACACUACAACUGUGUUUAGUUGAACAAGAAGAAGAAGAAGGAUAAAUAAUUAUAUGUGUUAAUAAAUUACUGUGUCUGUUUAUGAGUGUUUUUUUUUUCAAGUACUUACCGCCAUAUUUUGACUUUCUUUCAGGAAUGUAUAGGCCAUUCCACCACCAAUAAUCAUCUCAUUUACUUUGUCCAAUAAAUUUUCAAUCAAUUGGAUUUUGUCUGCCACUUUGGCUCCACCUAGAAUCGCCAAAAAUGGCCUGAAAAAAAAGUUGUAGGUUUUUUUUUUUGUUUUUUUUUCCUUACUUUUCCGGAUUGUCCAAAGCUUUCGAGAAAUAUUUCAACUCUUUUUGCAGCAAAAAUCCUGAUGCUCUGAUGUCAAAACCUUCUCCCAACAUUGACGCGUGAGGCCUAUGGGCGGUUCCAAAAGCGUCGUUUAUGUAAACAUCCCCUAAUUUUCUUAAAUUUUCGCGAAAUUUUUGAAUAUCUUCUUUUGAGGCCUUGAUUUUUUCUUUGUUUUCAUUCUCCCCUUUACCUAGAUUUUUACGCAAAAAAAAACUCAUUUUACGAUUUUUAUUAAAAAUAAUUUAGCCCCAACAAUACCUUCUUCCUCCAAAUGAAAUCUGAGAUUCUCCAACAAAAUAACAGUUCCUGGUUUAGGAGAGCAACAUGCUUCUAAAGUUUCAGGCCCAACUGCAUCAGGUAGAAAAACAAUGGGUCUAAAACAUUAACCAAAUGCACACCCUAUAUAUAUUUAUAUAACCUUCAAAACUUCAUACCUAGCCAAUAGUUUUUCCAAUUCUUCAGCUACUGGUUUAAGGGUGUAUUUUGGGUUUGGUCUACCAUCAGGACGCCCCAAAUGCGAGCAUAAUACAACACUACGCGCUUGUUUCUCUAAGGCGUAUUUUACAGAAUCCAACGCAGCGACAAUACGCUGGUUGUUUGUUAUUUUGCCGUCUUUUAAUGGAACAUUGAAAUCCACACUGAAAA